CACAAAGAAGACAUUUUUUAAUUAUAAUUUUUUAUUUUCCUCCUCCCUGGUAUCGGAGCGGGCUACCAUCCGGACAGCUUGACGGCUAACGGUCGCUUUUAGCCUCCAUGAUUCAGCGCCUGUUUCACCUGAGUGGCUGAAGAUUCAAGGAACAAACGAUGGAUCAAAAUCUGUUCGGAGGAGUCCCCAGGUUCCUCACCCGCCCCAAGGCCUUCUCGGUGUGUGUGGGCAAGGACGCCACGCUGAGCUGCACCAUCGUGGGCAGCCCAACCCCGCUGAUCACCUGGGAAAAGGAAAAGCUCAAGCUAACAUCCGGCGGCCGCUUCAAGACCGUGGAGGAUGGAGACGUGUACCGCCUGACCAUCUACGACCUGACGCUGGAGGACAGCGGACAGUACAUGUGCCGGGCCAAGAACAGUGUUGGGGAAGCGUACGCUGCUGUGACCCUGAAAGUGGCCCUGCCGACAGAGAUGGCUCAGAGGGCCCCUGUUUUCAUGGUGAAGCCUACCUCUGCACGUGUGGGUCUGGGAGGUGAUGUGGUUUUCCUCUGUCGGGUUGCAGCUUACCCCGAGGCCAACUUUGACUGGGAGAAGGAUGGGCGCUACCUGGGUGAGUCGAACCGCAUCAAGAUUGUUUCUGACAGCGACAGCAGCACCUUGAAGAUCCAGAGUGUGCGCAACCUGGACAGCGGCACCUACACCUGCAGGGCCCAGAACGCCGUCGGUCGAGCUCAUGCUGCCGCAGCUCUUGCUGUGGACGCUCAGGAUUCUCGCCACCUGACUUCAGAUAAGAGCACCUCCCUCCUCUCGCACCUACAAAAGCGCAAAGAGGAAAUGAAGAAAGACAUCGCCGUGUAUCGCACCGAAGAAAGCAGCGCCUCGGUUUCUUCCUCCUCCACGGUCAACAUCUCCAAUUCUUUGAGCUCUCUGGGUCUGGAACACGAGCUGAGGGCAUCUGCACUGGCGAAGCUUCCCAAAGGUGUGUUCACGCGUACCUGCACAGUGACUGAGGGCAAGCAUGCCAAACUCAGCUGCUUUGUGACGGGGCACCCCAAACCCCACAUUAUCUGGAGGAAGGACGGGACAAACAUCAGCGAGGGCCGCAGGCAUGUGAUUUAUGAGGACCAAGCUGAGAACUUCAUCCUCAAGAUCCUGUAUUGCAAGCAGAGCGAUAACGGUCUCUACACCUGCAAUGCAACCAAUAUGGCUGGGCAGACCUACAGUGCUGUGUUGGUAACAGUCAAAGAGCCUAAAGUGCCAUUCAGGAGGAAGCUGCAGGAUGUGGAGGUACAGGAGAAGACCUCGGCCACGCUGAUGUGUGAGGUGCCUCUUAUUGCCACCCAGGCCAACUGGUUCAUGGAGGAGACGCGGCUGGAGCAGAAUAUAAAAUACCGCAUGGAGGAGGAAGGCACUCUGCGUCGUCUCACCAUACACAAUGUCACCACCAACGACGACGGGGUUUACAUCUGUGAGAUGAAAGAGGGCAGCCGCACCGUGGCAGAGCUCACUGUCCUUGGUAACAUCACUAAGAAGCUUCCUCGGCGAACAGUUGUCCCUGUCAGCGACACUGUCAUCUUCUGCGUGGAGCUGGAGCACCCAUGUCCAGCUGCCUACUGGACUCGCAAUGGGGAGAAGCUGAAGGAAGAUUCCCGUAUUUCCAUUGCCUGCGUGCUUAGACAGUACACACUCACAAUAAGAGACUGCCAGGCAGAUGACUCUGGAGAGGUGGCCUUCGUAGCUGGAGACUGCAAGACUUCCACACGGUUCACCGUCACUG